AUGUCCUGCUACACUCCGUGCCAGCCCUGCUGCCAGCCCUGUGGCCCAACCCCUCUGGCCAGCAGCUGCAAUGAGCCCUGUUGCAGGCAGUGCCAGAGCUCCAUCGUUGUCAUUGAGCCCUCCCCCGUGGUGGUGACCCUGCCCGGACCCAUCCUCAGCUCCUUCCCACAGAACACUGCCGUGGGCUCCUCCACCUCUGCUGCUGUUGGCAGCAUCCUCAGCUGUGAUGGAGUGCCCAUCAGCUCUGGGGGUGUGGACCUCUCCUGCAUUACCAACCGCUACUGUGGUAACAGAUGCCCACCUUGCUAA